AUGGGAUUUUCAUUCACUGCAUCACUUUUAGCUGGUGCUGCUUUGGCCAAGGGUGUGCUUUCUGCUCAAGCUAUCCCUACCGAGUUCUCCGGUGUCGGUGGAGUUGCCGCUAAUUUGACUUACAAUGCUACAGGCGAUUUCAAUACUAGUACGCAGCCUGCAGCAUAUACUCCUGCUGGUGGUAUUGUUCCUUUGGAGCCUAGUCCAACUUAUGCUCCUUUGAGUGACUUUGACUAUCAAUCUCUCUCUUUAGCUUUGUACCACGAGUACUUUGAAUAUGAUCUCUUCAACUAUGGUCUUACCAGAUUCUCUGAUGAAGAAUUUGAUGCUGCCGGCAUUAACGCCGAAUACCGUCACUUGAUCCGCUUUAUGGCCCAACAAGAGCUUGGCCACAUCGAGCUUAUUUCUAACAUGCUUGGCCCUGAUGCUCCCAAGGCUUGCCAAUACAAGUAUGACUUCGACAGCGUAGGUGGUUUCUUGGACUUUGCUCAGAAGCAAACCCAAUGGACCGAAUCUGGUGUCUAUGGCUUCCUUGAGCACCUCGACUCCCGGGCUGCUGCUAACCUUUUGCUUCAAUCUAUCACCACUGAAGCUCGUCAAGAAAUGAGUCUUCGCCAGUUGCAAGGCCUCUUCCCUUAUCCCGUCUGGUUUGAAACUGGUCUUCCCCAAUCCUUUGCUUGGACUUUGGUGUCUCCUUACAUUGUUAGCUGCCCUGCUGAAAACCACAAGGUCGUCUGGCAAAACUUCCCUGGCUUGCACGUUGUCAGCCCUCCUACUGCCACCAACUUCACUAACGGAUCUUACCCUCAAUAUCCUAAUGGCACUUACAUGUACCCUGCUGCUGUCUCUACCAACCGUACUCUCCCAUUGUCUUUGCCUGGACAAAUCGUCGAAUUCAGCUGGGAGGCUCCCGGACAACCAAUUGGUCCCAACACCUCUUACAUUACUAAUACUACCGCUAAGGGUCAACCUCAAUUUGCUGCUUGGAUCAGCCAAUUGAACAUUACUUACACUCCCUUGAACCUUACCGGCAACAACAGUGGUGCUACUUAUCAACCAAGCGUUCACCUCUACAACGACUCUACCCAGCAAGUCAUUAACGGUUCAAGCUUUGUUGUCUUAACCGAUGUCGCUUUGCCUCUCACUCCUUUCAAUCUUUCUGCCAUUAACGAACACAUUGUUGCUGGCCCUGCUGUUUAUGCCUCUGGUUAA